CCUGUUGUGGGCAGUCGUUUCCUGUCGCUGCUUGGUAACAAUGGGGAAGAUAAUGGCUGCCUGAGCAACGUCUCGGAGCAGGCGCUGGGCUAGAGGCGGGUCUCCACCAGCGACUCAUCGGAGGCGGGCUUGAGAGCAGCUGCAGGGGAGGCGCGCAGGAGCCUCGGCGGCGGCGGCGGCGGCGGCGGCCGAACCGACAGAGUCGGACCCGACACCAAAACCGAAGCAGAGAGUGAAGAAAACUAAAAUCCAGUUUAUUGUAUUACAAUACUAUGUCAUAACAGUCAGAUUAUUUUCCACUUGUUCAUCAAGAUGGAAAGCUCAGAUUCUAACGAUAAAGGAAGUGGUGAUCAGUCUGCAGCACAGCGCAGAAGUCAGAUGGACCGAUUGGAUCGGGAAGAAGCUUUCUAUCAAUUUGUAAAUAACCUGAGUGAAGAAGAUUAUAGACUUAUGAGGGAUAACAAUUUGCUAGGCACCCCAGGUGAAAGUACUGAGGAAGAGUUGCUGAGAAGACUACAACAAAUUAAAGAGGGCCCACCACCACAAAACUCAGAUGAAAACAGAGGUGGAGACUCUUCAGAUGAUGUGUCCAAUGGUGACUCUAUAAUAGACUGGCUUAACUCCGUCAGACAAACUGGAAAUACAACAAGAAGUGGUCAAAGAGGAAACCAAUCUUGGAGAGCAGUGAGCCGGACUAACCCAAACAGUGGUGAUUUCAGAUUCAGUUUAGAGAUCAACGUUAACCGUAAUAAUGGGAGCCAAAAUCCAGAGAAUGAAAAUGAGCCAUCUGCAAGACGUUCUGGUGGAGAAAAUACAGACAACAGCAGCCAAAGGCACGUGGAAAAUCCACGAUCUGAAUCAACAUCUGCAAGGCCAUCUAGAUCAGAACGAAAUUCAACUGAGGCAUUAAUGGGAGAAGUCGCACCCACCAGAGGUCAGAGAAGGGCAAGAAGCAGGAGCCCAGACCAUCGGAGAACCCGAGCGAGAGCUGAAAGAAGUAGGUCACCUCUGCAUCCAAUGAGUGAAAUUCCACGGAGAUCUCAUCAUAGUAUCUCAUCUCAGACUUUUGAGCAUCCUUUGGUAAAUGAGACUGAGGGAAGUUCUAGAACCCGACACCAUGUGACAUUGAGACAGCAAAUAAGUGGACCUGAUUUGCUAAGUAGAGGUCUUUUUGCAGCUUCUGGAACAAGAAAUGCCUCACAAGGAGCAGGUUCUUCAGACACAACCGGCAGUGGUGAAUCUGCAGGAUCAGGACAGAGACCUCCAACCAUAGUCCUUGAUCUGCAAGUAAGAAGAGUUCGUCCUGGAGAGUACCGGCAGAGAGAUAGCAUAGCUAGCAGAACUCGGUCAAGGUCUCAGACGCCAAACAAUACUGUCACUUAUGAAAGCGAACGAGGAGGUUUUAGGCGUACAUUUUCACGUUCCGAACGGGCAGGUGUGAGAACCUAUGUCAGUACCAUCAGAAUUCCAAUUCGUAGAAUUUUAAAUACUGGUUUAAGUGAGACUACAUCUGUUGCAAUUCAGACCAUGUUAAGGCAGAUAAUGACAGGUUUUGGUGAGUUAAGCUACUUUAUGUACAGUGAUAGUGAUUCCGAGCCCAGUGGCUCAGUCUCAAGUCGAAAUGUGGAAAGGGCAGAGUCACGGAAUGGAAGAGGGGGUUCUGGUGGUAGUAGCAGUUCUGGUUCCAGUUCCAGUUCAAGUUCCAGUUCCAGUUCCAGUUCCAGUUCUAGUUCCAGUUCCAGUCCUAGUUCCAGUUCCAGUGGUGAAAGUUCAGAGACUAGCUCAGAGGUGUUUGAAGGCAGUAAUGAAGGAAGCUCAUCAUCAGGCUCAUCAGGUGCCAGACGAGAGGGUCGACACAGGGCCCCAGUAACAUUUGAUGAAAGUGGCUCUUUGCCCUUCCUUAGUCUGGCUCAGUUUUUCCUCUUAAAUGAGGAUGAUGAUGACCAGCCUAGAGGACUCACCAAAGAACAGAUUGACAACUUGGCAAUGAGAAGUUUUGGUGAAAACGAUGCAUUAAAAACCUGUAGUGUUUGCAUUACAGAAUACACAGAAGGCAACAAACUUCGUAAACUACCUUGUUCCCAUGAGUACCAUGUCCACUGCAUCGAUCGCUGGUUGUCUGAGAAUUCUACCUGUCCUAUUUGUCGCAGAGCAGUGUUAGCUUCUGGUAACAGAGAAAGUGUUGUGUAAUUAAGUUCUGAACUCUCAGCUAUGUAGCUGGUACUGUGAUGGGCAAACAGGAAUCACUUGCUUUCUGCCCACUUUUUGAGUGGUGCUUAAAUGUAAAGUAGCAACCUGAAUUGAGUCAUUGCUUUCUGAGUGAAUCAUUGUCCUUUUUCCAGUUUCUGUUCCAGAAUAAAAGGAAAUAUUUAAAAAGCAACGUUUUAGGACAUAAAAAUCUGAUUUCAGUACCAGUAAUUCAUAUUACUGAUGAUUUGUCAUAUAUGCUUAUCAGUUUCUCCUUUGUUAUCUUUUUAAAGAUCUGCCUUAGCAAUGGCUCUUUAUCCAUUUCAUGUUGAUCUUUAACAUUUCCCACACCAUAGGAGAGGGGCAAAGGAAACUGCCAGUUUAGACUAAGUUACAGUACAUGUUUCAUAAAUGAUUGCUUAAAGCUGUACCAUUCCCAGUUAUUAGUUGGCACAAAUUCAGCUAAAUGCUGAAUAUCAUUUGUUCACCUUUCAGAUGAGGUGAUAUUGGACGUCAGUGUAAAUAACACUAAGGUUAGGAUCUUCUAAGUGUAUAACUGUCUCCUAAGCCCAUCACUGUGGCACACUGUAGAGUGAGCUUAUAGUUUAAUUGAGAUAUUUAUCUUGUGGAAAUAUUAAAAAGCCUAUGCUUGUGUAAGUGAAAAAUCACAUUCAUUUGUUUAAAAAUGUAAAGCUAUUUUGUAGAGGCUCAGUACUUUUCCAAUGCACUGUUGUAUUAAUGCAUUAAAAAUUGUAAAGUACCAUGCUUAGAAAUGAAAAAAACUGCUUUUUGUGAGCCAA